AUGGCCGAAUCUCUCCUCUUCAGUGUCGCAGAAUCACUCGUUGGGAAGCUUGCUUCUACUGCUGUUCAAAAAGCUUCCGAGGUGCUCUGUGUGUACGACGAUGUGCAAGGGCUCAAAGAAACUGUGUCAUUCAUCAAAGCUGUCCUGUUGGAUGCAGAGCAAAAGCCGCAGAAGAGCAAUGAGCUGCGUGCGUGGCUGAGACAGAUUAAGCGUGUUUUCUCUGAUGCUGAAGACAUAAUAGAUGAUUUUGAGUGUGAAACUUUACGUAAGCAUGUGGUCAACACUUACGGUAGCUACACAAGGAAGGUGCGCCGGUUUUUCUCAACAUCUAAUCCUCUUGUUUAUCGUUUUAGAAUGGCACAUCAUAUCAAAGAUAUUAAAAAGAGGUUAGACAAGGUUGCUGCUGACAGGGAUAAGUUUGGUCUUCAGAUCAAAGAUAUUGACACACGUGUUGUGCAUAGGAGGGAAAUGACUCAUUCCCAUGUAGUUGCUUCAGAUGUGAUAGGAAGGGAACAUGAUAAAGAAAAAAUUAUAGAGCUUUUGUUGCAAGAUGGUACUGAAGCUAGAAGUCUCUCUAUUAUCCCCAUUGUGGGAAUUGGUGGCUUGGGAAAGACUACACUUGCAAAGUUGGUCUUCAAUGAUAAGAUUGUAGAUGAGUCUUUUCCGUUGAAGAUGUGGGUCUGUGUCUCUGACGAUUUUGAACUUGAGGAUAUGCUUCGUAAAAUCCUCAAAUCUGCUAAGGAUAGUAGUACGCCUUCUUCUACCCUAACUCGCCAAGAGAGCUUUAAAAACUGUGAAAUGGAGCAACUCCAACAUCUUCUAACAAGUAAACUUGCCGGAAAAAAGUUCUUGCUUGUCCUGGAUGACGUGUGGAAUGAGGAUCGUGUUAAAUGGCUGAAGUUGAAGGAUUUACUACAAGGAGGUGCUGAAGGAAGUAAAGUCUUGGUGACUACACGUAGCCAAUCAAUUGCUAACAUGAUGGGCACUAAUUCAUCUUACGGUUUACAAGGUCUUUCUGAAGAUGAUUCAUUGUCCCUAUUUGUCAAAUGGGCUUUUAAAGAAGGAGAAGAGACAAAAUAUCCAGAAUUGUUGGAGAUUGCGAAAGAAAUUGUGGAAAAAUGUGGAGGCCUUCCUUUGGCAGUGAGAACAUUAGGGAGUUCACUAUUCUUAAAAGUUGAUAAAGAAGAGUGGGUUUCUGUCAGAGACAAUGAGAUUUGGAAUUUACCAUCAAAAGAAGGUGACAUUUUACCUGCUUUAAAAUUAAGUUAUGAUCAACUACCAUCAUAUUUAAAACCAUGUUUUGCUUGCUUCUCCCUUUGUCCCAAGGAUUAUUUUUUCACUGAUUAUGAGGUUACUGGGCUUUGGGAGUCACUUGGUUUUCUUCCGUCACCAAACAAAAACAAAACAUUGGCAGAUGUUGGCAUCCAAAUUUUGCGUGAGCUACAAUCAAGAUCUUUUCUUCAAGAUUUUAUUGACCAUGGUACUUUUGUUCAGUUUAAAUUACACGAUUUGGUGCAUGAUCUUACAAUGUAUGUUGCAAAAGACGAGUUUCAUCGCUUAAAUUCUUGCAGUCAGAAAAUAUCUGAGAAUGCCCGGCAUUUGUUUUUCACCAAAAAUGAUUUGCUUGGUCAAACUUCCAUUCCAAGUGGUUUGAGAACGAUAAUUUUGCCUGCGGGAGCCAAUAAUGAAGCUUUCUUGAAUACAUUAGUAUCAAGGUGCAAAUACUUGCGGUUUUUAAAUUUAAGUGGAUCUGAAUAUGAGAGUUUGCCCUGCUCCAUUGGGAAGUUGAAACAUUUGAGAUUUCUAUCUCUUGACUCUAAUGAAAAACUUAAGAGACUCCCUACUUCAGUAUGCAAGCUCCAAAAUCUACAAGCUUUGUACUUCGGUGGAUGCACUAAGUUAAAAACUUUGCCCAGAGGAAUUGGAAACUUGAUUAGCCUUCGAGAGUUGAGUGUAAGCACAAAGCAAUCUGUUUUCCCAGACAAAGAAGUUGCAAAAUUGACUUCUCUAGAAAUUUUAACUUUAUCUUAUUGUGACAAUAUGGAGUCAUUGUUCCAAGGGGUGCAACUUCCUACCCUUAGAUGGUUGACUAUUGAUUCUUGUGGUAGUCUAAAGUCUUUGCCAUUUCAUGCUACUCCAAAUCUAGAGAGUUUGGUUAUUGGCGGGUGCAGUAAGUUGGAAAUGUCGAAGUGCCUUGAUAACCAAAUCAUUGAGUUAAGGUUAAAGUAUCCACAUCUUUGUGAUUUGCCGCAGCUGGUGACUUUGCCUCCAUGGAUUCAAAGAUAUGCGAAUACAUUACAUUCCUUGAACAUUGAAGGGUGUGACAAUAUUAAGGAGCUUCCCGAGUGGCUGCCAACUCUUGUUUGUCUCAAAACACUUAUUAUUCUCUAUUGUCCAAAGUUGCUUUCACUCCCCGAUGACAUGCUUGUUUCCACCAACCUUGAAUACUUACGUAUUGAAUAUUGUCCGGAAUUAUGUAGAAGAUACCAGCCAGAAGUUGGAGAGAAUUGGCCCAAAAUAUCACACAUCAAAAGAAUAUACAUUGGUGAACCAGAAUAG